AUGGAACCCCCACCAAAGUCCAUCCCGGGGGGAGCUGCCACCGCCUCUGACCGCUCCCCCGGUUCUGUUGCAGAGCUGAACGCGGCACCGUGCCGUGCCCCACGGCAGCGCGUCCGCUUCCUGCCGGCUCCGGCUCCGGCCCACGGCGACGGCCAGACUAUGGGGCUGGUAGCCGUGAGUGUGCCGGUGCUGGCCGACCACCCCCUCGUUCGAGGCCCGCAGUUCAAGCGAUUGAAGAUCGGCGCGGGUCACCGGCUGGACGUGAAGGCCUCGGGAGUCUUCGGUGGGUCUUGUCUCGCAGCGGCACCACGUUCUGCUGGCUACGAGUUGGGAGGUUUCCGUGCGGUACUUGGCAUAGGCCACGGGAACACACUCCUCACUGACCUGUACAACUGCCACCUGACCAAGGUUUACACUGUUGGUGGGCUGUUUGGUAAAGCCACUGAUGACUUCUCAGACACAGGGAAGCUAGUGGAGAAAACAACAUUUGAUCAUAUUACAAGGGAGAAGCUGGAACGGAUUCUUGCUGUCAUUCAAGGAACAAAUCAUAAGGCCCUGCUGAUGCAUUCUAACAUUGACAUGAAAACACAAGAGGCAUAUGAGUUGGCUGUCAAAGGGUUGAUCCGGCCCAUGGGAAGAAGCCCUCCAAUAAUCACAGUGAUCCGGUGCCUCCAGCUCACACUUCCAGAGUUCCAGCUAGAAAUCCACUGCUUGCAUGAGACUCAGCAGUACCUCCGAAAAAUAGUUCACGAGAUUGGUCUGGAGCUGAAAUCAUCUGCUGUGUGCACACAAGUGAGAAGGGUACGUGAUGGUGUUUUCACACUGGACGAUGCUCUUCUGAGAAGCCAGUGGAAUCUGAAAAAUAUACAGAAUGCAAUUUUGGACUGUCAGCUUAAAGUGAAAACAGAGUUAGAGAAAACACUGGGCCUUCAGGAUGAAAGGCAUCUUCAUGAGAUAGAUGUGGAGAAGGCCCAGGCUGCAGAGAGCUGA